UUUUGUCCGUCGCUUUUUUUUUUUUUUUUUUUCUUCAAAACCCGGGUUCCGUUCCCGCCCGAAUACAUAACGUCAUCGAUAUUAAAAGAAAUAACAAUAAUAAUAUCUCUAAAAUAAAUUAAAAAAAAUGACAUAUAGGUAUUGAACCGGUUGUCGUGACUGGAAUAUGACGGUGUUACAGUGUAGGCGGGAGGGGGUGUAGAUGGCGCGGGGAGUCUCCUCAGGAUGGCGGUGGGGGCGGGCGGUGUUGUUGUUGUCACGGCUCCGGUGCUGCUGGUAGGUGUCGGUGUGUGAGGAGGCGGAGGUGGUUUCCCUGUCCUCCCUCCUCCUCCUGCUUUUCCCUCCUCCUCCUCUCUUGCUCCGCAGCUUUGGAAACGCGCGCCAUUUUGUGCCUCCCCCUUCCCCCCUCCCUUCCUUCUCCCUCCAUCCUGUAUACGGCCGGGACCCGAGGAACAACCGCCGCCUCCUCCUCCUCCCCGCAGCAGCAGCAGCAGUGGUGUCAGCAGCAGUAGCGGCGGCAGUAUCAGCGGCGGACAGUGCGGGAUCUCCAGCCCCGGGAUAUGAGCGGCGGGGUGCGGGGAGAGCUGGGGAUGCGGAGCGGGAGGGCUAUGUGAGGAGACCGGGCAGCAGCAGCACCAUCAUCACCGCCGCCUCCUCCUCCUCUCAGGCCCCGGGCCCCCGCCGCCGCCGAUGUGACUGGACGAGAGCUGCAGCGUCUGGCGGGCAGCACGGGAGGACACGGUGUUGCGGUUUGCUGCUGGACUCUCCCCUCCAUUCACAGGAUAUGAGACUUGAAAGAAGACGAUGCAUACAGGAGGAGAGACUUCAGCAUGCAAACCGUCAUCUGUCCGGCUUGCACCCUCAUUUUCAUUCCAUGCUGCGGGUCUACAGAUGGCUGGACAAAUGCCACACUCUCAUCAGCAGUACAGUGACCGGCGUCAGCAGAACUUAAAUGACCAACAAGCAUCUGCCUUAUCUUACAAUGACCAGAUUCAGCAACCGUUGGCUAACCAGCGACGGAUGCCCCAAAACUUUCGUGAUCCAACUGCAGCGCCAUUGAGGAAACUGUCAGUUGACUUGAUCAAAACUUACAAACAUAUAAAUGAGGUCUACUAUGCAAAAAAGAAGCGGCGGCAUCAACAAGGACAAGGCGAUGACUCCAGUCACAAGAAGGAAAGAAAGGUUUACAAUGAUGGUUACGACGACGACAACUAUGACUACAUUGUGAAAAAUGGCGAGAAGUGGAUGGAUCGCUAUGAAAUAGACUCUUUGAUUGGAAAAGGUUCCUUUGGCCAGGUUGUGAAGGCAUACGACCGCGUGGAGCAGGAGUGGGUGGCUAUUAAAAUCAUUAAGAACAAGAAAGCUUUCCUAAAUCAAGCCCAGAUUGAAGUACGACUUCUCGAGCUGAUGAACAAACAUGACACUGAGAUGAAAUACUACAUAGUGCAUUUAAAGCGUCAUUUUAUGUUCCGAAACCACCUCUGCCUCGUGUUCGAAAUGCUUUCAUACAACCUCUACGACUUACUACGUAACACCAACUUCCGAGGUGUUUCUUUGAACCUGACGCGAAAGUUUGCACAGCAGAUGUGCACUGCACUACUAUUCCUGGCUACUCCUGAACUUAGUAUCAUUCACUGUGACCUAAAGCCUGAAAAUAUCCUGCUCUGUAAUCCCAAGCGAAGCGCCAUUAAGAUUGUUGAUUUUGGAAGCUCGUGCCAGCUAGGGCAAAGGAUAUACCAAUAUAUUCAGUCUCGUUUUUACCGGUCUCCAGAGGUUUUACUGGGAAUGCCUUAUGACCUUGCGAUUGACAUGUGGUCCCUCGGUUGCAUUUUAGUUGAAAUGCAUACCGGAGAGCCCCUCUUCAGUGGAGCCAACGAAGUCGACCAGAUGAAUAAAAUUGUGGAAGUCUUGGGAAUACCACCUGCUCACAUCCUCGACCAAGCACCAAAAGCCAGAAAGUUCUUUGAAAAGAUGCCAGACGGCAUUUGGAACUUAAAGAAGACCAAAGACGGAAAAAAGGAAUACAAAUCACCAGGAUCCCGGAAACUUCAUAAUAUCCUUGGAGUGGAAACUGGAGGACCAGGAGGUCGACGUGCAGGGGAAUCGGGUCACACUGUAGCGGACUACUUGAAGUUUAAAGACCUAAUUUUAAGGAUGCUAGAUUAUGAUCCUAAGACACGGAUUCAACCAUACUAUGCUCUGCAACAUAGUUUCUUUAAGAAGACUGCUGACGAAGGUACAAACACAAGUAAUAGUGUAUCUACAAGUCCAGCUAUGGAACAGUCCCAAUCGUCAGGAACCACCUCAAGCACAUCAUCUAGCUCAGGUGGCUCUUCUGGGACAAGUAACAGUGGAAGAGCGAGGUCUGAUCCGACUCAUCAGCACAGACAUAGCGGAGGGCAUUUUACUGCUGCUGUACAAGCUAUGGAUUGUGAGACACACAGUCCUCAGGUUCGACAACCGUUUCCUCCACCGGUGGGUUGGACUGUCACUGAAGCCCCCACACAAGUUACCAUUGAAACCCACCCAGUCCAAGAAACCACAUUUCAUGUCCCCCCUUCACAGCAAAAUGUACCACAUCAUCAUGGGAAUAGUGCCCAUCACCACCACCAUCAUCACCACCCCCACCACCAUCAUGGACAGCAAUCUUUGGGUAGCCGGACGAGGUCCAGGAUCUACAACUCUCCUUCGAAUAGCUCCUCCACCCAAGAUUCUAUGGAUGUUGGGCACAGCCACCACUCCAUGACAUCUUUGUCUUCCUCAACUACUUCUUCCUCAACAUCUUCCUCGUCUACUGGCAACCAAGGCAAUCAGGCCUACCAAAAUCGCCCCAUGGCUGCUAAUACCUUGGACUUUGGACAGAAUGGAACUAUGGAUGUUAAUUUAACAGUCUAUUCCAAUCCUCGCCAAGAGACUGGCAUUGCUAGCCAUCCGACGUACCAAUAUUCUGCGAAUACAGGCCCUGCCCACUAUGUAAAUGAGGGACAUCUGACAAUGAGGCAAGGAAUUGAUAGAGAAGAGUCUCCCAUGACAGGAGUUUGUGUUCAGCAAAGUCCUGUGGCUAGCUCGUGACUAAAUUCAAUUUAGGUUUGUUUUUUGUGUGGUUUAUUUUUAUUUUUUUCUCCUUUCAUUUUAUUUACUUUUUAGUGGUGUAAAUUUUUUUUUGUUUUUGCGUCUUUUUUUUUUUUUUUUGUUUUUCCAUAAAAAAAAACAAAAGAGAAAAAAAAACAAAGUGCAAAAGCUGCUUUAAUCAGAAGGAGAUAAACACACUUAACCGCUACAACAGGGAAAAGCUGACUAUUUUUUUAAACUUGAAAUGAUUGCAAAGGGACAAUGAAGCUGAAACAAUUUUUAUUUUUUUAAGAGCUGUGUCCAAAUCCACCUUAUUGGAAAAGCUCCGAGGUUACCGCCUCUCCUUUUGCUCCCUAUACCCCCCUCCUCCCAUUUAACUCUGUACACAUUGCAAUUAUUUUAUAAAAAAAAAAAAAAAAAUUAUAUAUGUAUUUGUACAUACAUAUAUGUAUUUGUAUAUUUUAACCAUAGUAAGUUAUACUGAACAUAGUCAGUUGCCAACAUGAUUUAAAAAUAAAUAAAUUAAAAAAAGCGUUAUAAAACUAAUGUAUCCCCCCAACCCACACAACCCCUUCUUUACAUGUCCAACAAAAAGAUGGUCGCAGACAGAUGCAGUACUGUAAGGAAGGACCUUCUGCAAAAUCCAUAGGGACGGUUAAAUUGUUGCGCUGAACAGUCUACAUGCAAACUGGCGGUUAUGAGCGUCUCCUAGUGCGAAUCUGGAAACAGAAAGCAGCCAUUUUACAUGGGAAUACAUGGGUCGUGUGAUUAGAAGUCCAGUCAGCUAAAAAACAAAAAAGUCAACCUGUCUUGUUAUGUUUUUUUAAGGUGCACUGAAAAGCAAUCAGCCGGUCGGUCAUGGGGAGGUCUAAGUGUUGGUAUAACCUUUGGCCUUAUGGAAUUGGACUCUAAGUUUUAAGAGCCUGCCAUUUCAGAUGCAAUCACUCUCGGACAUGUUUUUGCAGACAGUCCUUAAUGCUGAAACACAGAAUGGGGUAAUUCAAGAGGCCUUUCUUUAAAAAAAAAAUAAAAAAAAAAAUAUAUAAAAAUAAAAAAUAGACUUUUGUGACCCACUAAUUGAAGAGGGUUUUUUGUUUUAUUUUUUUAUAUAUAUUUUUUUUUCCUCUAAGGUCACUUUGCGUGUGUCAUAAAGCUGACUUCCUCAAUGGUCAAAGGAUCAGAUAACUAGUGGUUUGCAUUCGAUGGAAAUAGCUACACGUGUCGUUUCCUGCCUUUUUUUUUCUCUCUCUCUCUCUCUCUCUCUCUCUCUCUCUCUCUCUCUCUCUCUCUCUCUCUCUCUCCAUUUUAUUUAAAUUGGGGUUUCCUUUGUUUUGUUUAACGACUUGCUUUUUUUUUUUUUCUUUUUUAAGCACGUGGUAUCUCCACCAUUACUUCUGCACAAAGAUGUCUUCUGUUCAUCUUAAAUGUUUUUAAAAAACAAAAUGACAAAAAAGAAAUGCAGAAUUUUAUGUGACUGCUUAUUUUUUGCCUCACAAUUAUGCUGUGAAUUUUACAAAAAAUGUUUUUUUUUUUUUUGUUUUUUUUUUUUUUUUGAUAAUUUAUUGUUACCAAAGCUGUUUUUAUAGCACAUAGAUGUCUGUAACCAAUAAUGUAGCAGUAUCGCACUUUGACACAAGGCGUACAUUAGAGCAUUUUUUUUCCCUUCAGUUUGACUAUUCUGGCUGUAUUAUAGCUUCAACAAAACUGGAACUGUUGUCAAAACCGAUUAGCGAAAUUUCUGCAGUAAUUUCUGUACCGAACAUUGAAUGAACCUUGUCUUAGUGUCUCACGCAAUCAUCCGAAAUAUUCAGGCUGUCAGAGGUAUAAAGCGAUUAUUCAUGAGUAUUAAAAGUUUUCUAUCAUUUUUAAAGGUUUUAAGGGAAUUGCUUGGCUUCCAAUUUUUUUUUUUUUUUUUAUAAAAAAAAAAAAAACUAAAAAAAAUUAAAGAAUGUUACAUAUAGACCCGAGUUGCUUUUAGCCCGAGAUUUGGGUUCAUGUGAAUUGAGUUUUUUAUAUUUUUAUUGUUUAUUUUAAAGUGUAAUACAGUUUUAUACAAUAUACUUUUACAUCUGUGUUUGUGCAUAACCCCAGGAUAGGAUCCAGCACAUAAAAUGUUAUACAAAGGUGGUGGACAAGGAGGGCCUUCUGUGUGUUAACACAAUGGGGCAAGUAUUUCUGGGCAUAUCUAGGUUACAAGGAAUAUUUGAGUUGUGUGUGAACACUUUGGCUGCCCAGUAAUAUUGGUAUCUUUUCUUCAGGAUACAGCACAUGAUGACUACGCUACAUUUGAUGCGAUAAAAAUAGUUUUUUCAGUAGGCUGCCAUAUCCUUCACAUGGUCAGCAGAUCUGGCCAGAAUCAUGCAUAGCUAGAUUUGAGGGUUUUGGUAAUCCUCUCAAAAGUAUGUUCACCACCACCAUAUUGUUUUUUAUUUUUAUUCUCUCACUUUUGUCAUUGGGUGUCACAGACGCCUUAGGCUAUGUUCACACAGAAGAAUGUCCGGGUGAAAUUCCGCAUGAAUAUUCCGCAUGGACAUUCUGCGGCAACAUUGAUUUUAAUGGGAUUCUGCUGCGUUGUUCACACGGCAGAUUUUGCCAGAUGUUUCUAGCGCAGAAAUUCUUAUUUCGAUGCACACAGAACGAAUAGACAUGUCUAAUCUUUCUGCGGAUACAGCAAGGAAAUGCAUUGGCAUCUAUAAAACGGCACAUUUCCGUGCCGUCCUAGUGCCCACAGGUUAGUCAAAUGUGCGGAAUGUCCGCACCAGUUUUUUGUGCCAACAUUCCUCAAUUUUUUUGCCUGUGUGAACAUAGCCUUAAUCUCAGCUGUGCUUUCCAAUGAUCUUGACGAGUAUUUUACUUUAAGGACUAGUGUGUUUAAAAAAUAUAAAGCUGCAAAAAUGCUGUGUGAACAUACCUCAAGGCAGCUGGAUUUGGUGACUAAUUGAAAGUUCUUAAUGGGUCAUUCGGUCAUACUAUUUGUUACAUCUUUCAUUUCUUUAAAUUGUUUCACUGUACUUAACUCCAAACACACACACUCAGGCAACAGGAUACCAGUUUAAAGGGGUAUUCCGACCAUACAUAUUAUCCCCUAUUCUUUGGAUGGAUAAGAGGUCUAUGACUGAAAUACCCCUUUAAAUCUCCGUACAACGUCUUGGCCCAAGACUAAAGCGAUCAGACUUGCUGGAAGUCCCUUUUGGGCUAAGUUGUCGGGGGACUUAAACGGGUGUCCUGCAGCCAGACUAAUGUCACAGUUACGCUUUUAAACAAAAAGGUUAAAAGUGUAGUUUUUUUCAGUUUAUUUUAUUCAAUGACUUUGGGUUACUAGCCUUAUGAUUGGAUUUUAUAUUACCUGUUUUUUAAUGUUCUAUCAAAGGCCUUGAUUCAGUUCAGAAAAAUCUUUGACUUUUCUAAAGUCUGCUCUUCCAUUACAUCAGGGCGGCACCGGUCUCUACAAAAAAUCUUUAGAUUUUUUUUAUUUAUUUUUUGGUUCCAGGUAUUCAAAAGAUUGAUCUCUUAAAAUGCUAAAAAUUUGAGAUUUUUGGCUAUCCAUGUAAUAUAAUCUCUGCAUGGCUACAUUUUACAGUAUAUUUAAUUUUUUUUGUUUUACUUUAUAGUUUUUUUUUUUAAAACAGUUAAAAAUACAAUUUAAAGUAAAUGUAAAAAAUAUAAAUUUAAAUAUAAAUUAAAGUAAAACAUUUACUUUAUAAUUUCCUACAUCUUUUAACUUUUUUUAAGUUUUACUUUUGUUUUAAAAUAUAUUAUAUUUGGUAACACAAAGUAUAAAAAUAUAAUUUAAGCGAAAAAGUAGGAAACCAAGUAAUAGGAAAUUCAGUUAAAUAUUUUUACCUUUUAUUUUUUACUUUUUUGUUUUACAUUAUAGUAAAACAGUAUAAAAAUGAAAGUAAAAGGUAGGAAAAAUAAAAUAUAAAGUAAAACAAAGGGAAGGGGAAAUGGUAGGAUUAAGAAAAUAUUUUUACUAUUGAUAUGACUCUUUAGACAGUAACUCCUGAUCCCAUAUCUUAGAAAAAAGUUGUUUCGAGUAAAGCCUAACAUGCAUUUAAAGGGGGAAGAGGAUCAGAUUUUCUACUUUGGUUAUUUUAUACUAUAAUGGCUAUAGCUAUAUUAAAUUAUUUAUUUAAAAAAAAAAAAGCCUUCUGCAGUGUACAAAAACAUUUCCUAAAUUUGACGCAAAGAUCAAUCUUUUCCAUACAGUCUCCAAUGGAUCUUGAGGUUGUUACUCUGAAUUUACCCAUGUGAUGGCCACUAAUAUUUCCUCAUAUGGUAUAUAUAUUGAAAAGUCUGUACCCUAUGACAACUCUUCCAUUUAUUUUAUUUUUUCCCCCUAAAUGUCACACAAAAUAGAACCACCAGCUUCAUCAUAGUACAGUCCAGUUUUGUCUGCUUUUCUACACAGUUUGGUUACAGGACGUCUGUGCAUUGUAAAGAAACAGCAUGGGAAAAAUAAAAAACAUUUAAAAAAAAAAAAAGGUACCUAUACCUGUGUUCAGAUUGUACGAUCUAGUCCGGACUUGCUGUGUAUAUUGUAACGUUAAAUGACAAAAAAGAAAGAAAACGCCCUUUGUAUUAUAGUCAUGCAGUCUUAUGUAUGAUAAACAGUUGAAUAAUUU